UUUUGUCGAAAAAUAUGCAUUAAUUAAUUGUGAUUAUAGUCGGUAAAGAAGUAAAUAAUAUUUACAUUUAAAUAGUGAAAGACUAAAGCAGGCUUUUGCUGCAAAAUGUCUAAGUGGCAAUCAGAGCGAAGCAUACACGAAAUGUUAAAAGACACCCCGCCGCUGCGCGAAUCGAGCGAUUCUAUCACAUCGGGAACGGAAGCGAAGUUCCCGACGUCGCGGUCUAUGCCUUUUCCUCCGGCAUAUGCUCCUCCCGACGUGUCACAGAAUGGUGCACAAGGCUCAUCCACCUUGCUGCGGGCAGGCUCCACCAAGCUGGAGUCUAUCAAGAACUGGAGUGUGUCAACAUACAAAUGCACCAAGCAACUGCUGUAUGAGAAACUUGGCAAGAGUUCCAGAACUGUUGAUACAGAACUAGAAGCACAAAUAGAAAUGCUGCGAGAGACGCAGCGAAAAUACAAUGGAGUACUACGCCUCAGUACAGCUCUAACGGCACAACUCACUGCUUCCUCCAGUACACAACGGGCUCUCGGGGAGGCUUUCGCUGAGCUUGCACAAAAGUCACCUGAACUACAGAACCAGUUCCUGUACAACGCGGACACGCAGCGCUCGCUGACGCGCAACUGCGACACGCUGCUGGCCGCGCUGCACUUCUUCAACAACGCGCUCGACACGCUGGCCAACCGCAGCAUGGCGGACACGCUGCUCACGGUGCGCGCGUACGAGGCGGCGCGCGUGGAGUACGACGCCUACCGCGCCGAGCUGGAGGCCAGCGGCGGCAACCCGCCCGAGCUGCUGCUGGCGCGCAUCGAGCGCCAGCGCCGCCGCUACGAGCAGCUGCGCGGCGACUCCGCCGUCAAGCUGCAGCUGCUGCACGAGAACCGGGUAAAGGUGAUGAACAAACAGCUGUUGCUGUUCCACAACGCUAUUUCUGCCUACUUCAGCGGCAACAACGUGGCGCUAGAGGCGGCCGUGCGGCACUUCAGCGUGCCGGGUCUGCCGCCGCACGCGCCGGGACUGCCGCACGCGUCGAGCAUGCCGCACGCGUCGAGCAUGCCGCACGCAACGGGCAUGCCGCAUGUGCCGAGCGUGCCGCCCCAAGCGCCGGGCAUGCCUCACGCGCCGAGCAUGCCGCACACGCCGCUGCCGGCCUCGCCGCCGGCACAGUCGCCGCCGCGCUCUGCGUAGGACACGGGUAACCCUUGUAAUGAAUAGCGGAACUUUCAGUUGUAUGAAAUAUGAGUAUAAUAUAUUGGAGACGGGCCCGCCACAAAUCAGCGACCAACGACAUGUAAAACGCCAUAAAGUCAAAAAAAUUACGUGCUCUGUACGCUAGCGCGUAAGUUUGCCUGUACCUUUUUAGCCCAAAUCGUGCCUAAACUUCUACCUAUUUAAAAAGUACCAAGCUUUUUUUUAUUCGAUGACAAGCUUGACUGCGAUCUCAUUGUACUUUUAGUACAAGGUGUGAACGCUCGCAAUUCCUAUAGACCUAAUAUUUAGGCUUAAUUCAUGUGCAGUUAUAUGUGCCAGUGCUCUUGGCGGAGUUCAGCCGUUGGCCAGUGGUCCUUACGUAAUUUUUAACUCUUUAAAAGUUAAAACUCAAUGGACUUUGACUUUAAGCUAUUUUUUUUAAUUCUGACGUAAGCCGUAGGAUCAAAGAGGGUUUAUUAAACCUAUAACUACCUACGUAACCUAUUGGCAAUAUAAAGCAAUAUACGUCAUUGACAAAAAUUAUUCUUUUUUAGGCAUGUUUUACAAAGUAUGCAAAAAAUAAAGAUGGGCCGAGGAAAGCAAAAUAAUGUAGCAUCUUGUAUUAUAAGUAUAUCAUAGCGGUCAAACUCAAAUAUACAUAAUGAUGUAGAUGUGAUUAUUUUUUUAUUUUAAAAAUAUUUAACAAAUAUGGAUGCACAUUAUUUAUAAAAUGUAGAAAUAAGUAAAUAAUUGCUUCGAAAGAUUUUAAUUUCAAAACCAAUUAACUAUAAAGUAGCGUUAAUUUGGCAGUACACCAAUCUCUCAAUUAAUUUGAAAGAUACUCUCUAUAUCUGAAUUAAUUGUACAUAUAAAUAAUUCUUCAGGGCUUCCAAAAAAGGCAAAAAAUAAUAUUUGGUAGGAGAUUUAUUUUUCUACACUGCUUUUUUACCGGUAAAUAGGUGACAUUAACAUUUGGUUUAUUUUGAUCAAGCUGAUUUUUACUACCAUUUAUGAUGGGUAUAAUGGUAAAUUUUGCUGAAUUGUUGAAAUUGAAAAUCACUUUCUUGGUACAAGUAUUUUUAAACCCCGGCUGGAAUAACAAUGAAAUUAAUGAUCGCUUGGUUUAAAACAUACGUGUAUCGAUAAAUGCGCUAGGUGUUAACUGUGUUUUCGUCACGUUAGAAAAAAGCGUUAUGCCGCCUCUAUGCGAAUCGUUCGUGUCCUUGCAACAUAGUUCGCAUAUUAUUGUCAAGCGCUGUUUGUUACCUAUAUGUGACUCUCCGAUGGUCUUCCGUCUGAAAAAGUUUUUUUAAAAUGAAUUGUUAGAAAUGCCCGCUUGGUUUAAAUGAGGUUUGUGUACAGCAGAAUUAAUAGCAAUAGAGAGUAUAACAUUUCCAAUAUAGCACAUAUUUAUAUAUUUCUACUAGUAACAAUAUUAAUAUGUCAUUAAACAAAGAAGACUUGUUUAUAGCUUUUAGUACAUAAGUAUAAAAACCUUUGG